AUGUCCGUCUUCUUCAAGAAUAUCUCAAAAGACAAUCCUGUCAAGCCCGUUAAAACUGUACGAGGGAAAACCCCUACUAUCGUGAUGUAUCUUCUUCAGCUGGCUGACGAUCAUCCGCGGUUUAUAGGAUCAGGGCCUAAGAAGUAUCUACGAGAGAACGUGCGUCUUCCAGGACCGGGUGAGCAGGAUUUCGGCAAUGCCUGGGUAUACCGCUUCCGAUUCCAAGGCGAGAACUACCCCAAAGGCGGCAACGUCUCACUAAAGGGCAAGACUGUCUGUGUCAAAGACUGCAUCUCAGUCGCCGGGGUGCCUCUAAGUUUUGGAAGCAAUGCCUUCCCGGCGUGGACACCGGAGGCUGAUGCCACCAUCAUCACCAGAGUGUUAGACGCUGGGGCGGAUGCCGCAGGCACAGCAACAUGCGAGAACUUUUGCAACUCGGCAGCGUCAUUCACCAGUGCACAGGGUAUUAUCCAUAAAUCUUACCAGACUGGAUACUCGGCAGGCGGCAGCACCUCCGGCGGCGCGGCACUAGUCGGCUCUGGAAGUGUUGAUAUCGCCCUCGGCACCAAUCAGGGCGGGAGCAUCAGGGUUCCGGCCUCAUUCUGCGAAUGUGUCGGGCUGAAACCAGCCCAUGGUCUGGUGCCUUUCACCGGCAUAGCCAGCUGUGAUCCUAUUGAUGACCAUGCCGGACCAAUCUGCAAGUCCGUAAUGGAGACGGCAAUGACCGGUCUCUUGGCGCUGGCCAACAUGGCUCUUUUGGAUUUUCCGCGUCACUUUAACAGAGUACGAGAUCAGGUUCUGGCGGCGGCAGAAAAACUCGCACGUCUUGGGGCUGUUUUAGAGGACGUUUCUAUUCCGCUCCAUCUGCAGGGACCGGCCGUAUGGACAAUUCAGCGGCGUGUUUCCGGUUCCUCGGGUCUCCUGGGCGGUGCUACAGGUCGAAGAAGUCUGGGAUUAACCGGGUUGGAGACGGCACGGCUGCCUUGGAGUAACUCAAACUUCCAGAAGCUCUUCCCGUCAACAAAGAAUACUCUGAUCAACGGACUCUACCUAUCUGCCAAAUUUCCUGGCCUGUAUAGAAAAACGCUCAAUAUUGGCCGUCAGAUACGCGACGAGUACCAGUGCGCCUUUGACAAAUACGACGUCAUUAUCUUGCCCACAACGCCAUUCGUUGCGCCGCGGCAUGCGGACUGGAAAACAGUCCUCGAGUCCUUUGAGCCCACUAUUGGUUUGACCACCAAGACGGCUGUGCUUAAUGUCACAGGACAUCCGGCCAUGUCGAUUCCUGUCGGGUUUCUUUCCUCUGCGGACGAUCAAAAUGUUCGACUGCCAGUCGGCAUGCAGAUCGAUGGCAGGAGAAGAAGGUGCUCAUGGUUGGACAUGCCUGAGAGACAGAUUUUGACUGGCGCAACUUCUCCGGAGGACAAUUGA